GAGGGCGCCGGCGUGCGGCCGGGGCUGGUGCCUGCUUGGCCGCGCGGGCGGCUAGUCCUCGCUGUUCGGGAGUCGGUCGCGGCUCCGGGAGACAUCCAUUGAGAGCUUGCUGUGUGCGCUGGACGGUUGAUGUCAAAUGAUGGCACCCACUUUGGGAGGCAGCGAUGACAUUCUGCUGCCAGACUUCCCCAGAGGGCCCCUCCAGGCCUACCGUGCAAGAGCGUCCUUCAGCUGGAAGGAGCUGCUGCUGUUCCUGGAGGGCGAGGACAUGCUCCGCUUCAAGAAAGCCAUUUUCACAGCUUUGGAGAACGACCCUCUCUUCGCCCGUUCCCAUGGAGCCGACCUGUCCAUGGAAAAGUACCGCGAGCUGAACUUCCUUCGAUGCAAGCGGAUCUUCGAGUAUGAUUUCCUCACCGCAGAAGAAAUGCUCAAGAGCCCCCUGAAAGUGUCAGUGCUGAUUCACUGCUUGGGAAUGUAUGACUGGUCCCUGGCCGCCAAAUACCUCCUGCACAUAUUGACAUUUGGAUCAGCAAUUUACAGCUCUGGUUCAGAAAGACAUUUCAAAUAUAUUCAGAAGAUCUUCAAUAUGGAAAUUUUUGGAUGUUUUGCUCUGACCGAAGUAAGUCAUGGGAGUAAUACCAAGGCCAUUCGAACGACCGCUCACUACGAUCCCGCUACCGAGGAAUUCAUCAUACACUCCCCUGAUUUCGAAGCUGCCAAAUUCUGGGUUGGCAACAUGGGCAAGACAGCUACCCACGCUGUGGUGUUUGCUCAGCUGCACACACCCGGGGGCCAGCAUCACGGGCUGCACUCCUUUGUCGUGCAGAUUCGGGACCCAAAGACCCUUCUUGCCAUGCCAGGGGUGAUGGUUGGCGACAUAGGGAAGAAGCUUGGGCAGAACGGCUUGGAUAAUGGAUUCGCCAUGUUCCACAAGGUUCGAAUUCCUCGCCAGAACCUCCUGAACCGAACUGGAGAUGUCACCCCUGAGGGCACCUACGUCACCCCCUUUAAGGAUGCCAGGCAGCGCUUCGGAGCUUCCCUGAGCAACUUGUCCUUUGGGCGGGUCUCCAUCAUGGGCAUGUCCAUCGUUAACUUAAAACUGGCCGUAUCCAUAGCGCUGCGUUUCUCAGCCACUCGGCGCCAGUUUGGACCCACAGACAAGGAGGAGAUACCGGUGCUUGAGUAUCAAAUGCAGCAGUGGCGCUUGCUUCCUUAUCUGGCGGCUGCGUACGCCUUAGACCACUUCUCCAAAUCACUCUUCCUGGACCUGGUGGAGCUUCAGCAGGGCCUUCUGGGGGGAGGCCAUGGUGCCAGACAGGCAGAGCUCGGACGUGAAAUCCAUGCCCUGGCAUCGGCUGGCAAGCCCCUGGCCUCGUGGACCGCCCAGCAAGGAAUCCAGGAGUGCCGGGAGGCGUGUGGAGGACACGGCUACCUGGCCAUGAACCGGUUGGGUGACCUCAGAAAUGACAACGAUCCAAACUGCACAUACGAAGGUGACAACAAUGUCCUGCUGCAGCAGACCAGCAACUAUUUGCUGGGCCUCCUGGCACGCCGGGUCCAAGAUGGAGCGUGCUUUGAAAGCCCCCUGAAGACUGUGGACUUUCUGGAAGCCUAUCCUGACAUCCUCGGCCAGAGGUUCAUGGGCUCCAGUGUUGCAGACUGCUUGGAAUCUGCAGUCCCCCUGGCAGCGUACAGGUGGUUGGUGUGUUACCUGCUCCGAGAGAGUUACCAAAAAUUAACUCAAGAGAAAAGAUCAGGAAGCAAUGACUUUCAAGCAAGGAAUGACUGCCAGGUGUACCAUUGCCGGUCCCUGGCUCUGGCGUUCAUUGAGCUCACCGCGGUGCAGAGGUUCCACCAGCAUGUGCACCACCCCAGCGUGCCACCCUCGCUGCGGGCCGUGCUCGGGCGGCUCAGUGCCCUGUACGCCCUGUGGUCCCUCAGCCGGCACGCAGCCUUGCUCUACCGAGGUGGCUACUUCUCUGGGGAGCAAGCGGGUAAACUGCUGGAGAGCGCCAUCCUGGCCCUGUGUUCACAGCUGAAAGAUGAUGCAGUCACCCUGGUAGACGUGAUUGCUCCUCCGGACUUUGUCCUGGACUCCCCAAUUGGCAGAGCCGACGGUGAGCUCUAUAAAAACCUCUGGACCACUGUCCUGCAGGGCAGCAACGUGCUGGCCAGGCCAUCAUGGUGGCCGGAGUUCUCUGCCAACAAGCCUGCCGUGGGCCGCCUGAGGUCGAAGCUAUAGUUGCGGCCCGGAGGGCCUGCCAGGAGGGGUAACCACGUGCUGAGCUCAUCAGGAGUCAUAGUGAAUAGAAAACUUACAUCGUCAUGGCUUCCUGGUGGGCUAUGGGCUUUCUGAUAAUUCGAAUUUGCACAUUCUAUUUUCAGAUACAGAUACUGAACAUAAAGCAGACUGCUCAUAAUUAGGGAUUUUCUUGUCACAUGAUCUUUUGAAUUCUAGUUUGACUUUACCAUGUAAUUAUAACCUAUUAAUUUGCACCAUAGACUGUAUGAAUGACAUAGUUUAAGAUUUUUAAGGGGGAAAAAAAUUCAUUUUAUUACUUUCUUUUGUGGAACUAGAAGUUUCCAUUGAGGAAAUGUUUCCAGAGAAAAAAUGCAUAAUGAUUUGAAUGUCUGGACAAUUUAGCCUUCAACCUCCCAGCUGCACAUAAAUGACUUUAAGUGUAAUCAGUUUGUCCCUGAAGUAGGUAAAAUGCUCCGUGCUGUUUGUCCCCACUGAGCGCUUGUUCAGCAAACCCUUUCCUGCUUGUGGCGUAUUCCCACAGCGCUGGCCCGGUCUGUGGCUGCAAAUGCCACUGAGGACGUGGACAGGCAUCCACAUGAGGUGCCCGGGCUUCCGCCGUCGGGCCGAGGGCUUUGGUUCACUGGUUCUUCAUCCUCACUGUUGGUCUCUGUUUCAGGUUUGCCUUGGCUCCUAAUUAUGCUUCUUGACCUCUCAUCAACCCAGGAGGUCACAGGGCCUUUGUCAUUGGCUGUGGGGAGCCCCAGUGUCCUCCCCAUCUCUGUGGCCAUCUAUGCCCUCUGUCACCUUGGAUGCCCUUUGUCACUGUGCAACAGAUGUGACCCAGGUUCCCUUGGGUGGUGCUGCACCAAAGAGGACCAGCUCUUCCUCUUCAAAAGAGCCCAGAGAGCUUCUGAGUGCCUGGAGGGCAUGGUCAAGAAUCUGUUUUUGAAGACUGAAUUUCCAGCUCUGGAAGCUAGUUAACUUCUCAAGGCUCAGUUUUCAUGCCUAGAAAAGAGACAGGCCCCUUCCUCCCCCCCGCCCCCUGCCACAGUGCUCAGGGGGCAUCUGAGGGGCAAGUGGGGGUACAGCACACCGGCACCGGGCUUGGUGCUUUCUGUUCGUCAUCUCAUCCCCUCAGACACUUGUGCGAGGUGGCUUGUCAGCCCCGUUUCACAGGCAAUGAAACUGCCCCAGAAAGGCUAAAGAGCUGGCCAUGGGCAGCAGCCAGGAAGUGUCCUAGCUGGACCCGUGAGCCCCCAACGUCGAGGUCACAGGUAGUUGCCAGGGUCUUUUAUCACUUUAACUAGGAGCAGCCCCCACCUGAAUUCAGUAUCUCUCUAGUUCAGCAGCUUCCUUAGAUUUAAAUGAACUCUUCGUGUUUUUAAGGAUGUUUUGGCCAUUGUGCUCUGCUCUUCCUGCUUCUAGAGAGAACAGGAACAAAAGAAAAUGUUCCAGACCCUUGGCAGGUUAGGUGGGGCGGUCCUGAGUGCAAACCCAAUUAGUAGACCAGAGGUGCCUGCCAGUGCCAGAGGGAGGGGCGCAUGCCUCACGGAGGCCAAGGGGUCCCCAGGGCCCAGACCUCUGCCCCAAGUGGAUAGGCCCGAGUGGCCCUGCCAGUGGGAGUCAUGCAGAUUCUAUCAGGUGACCCCCGUAGGUCCCCCACAGGGCUGUCUGUGUGGACAGGGCUUCUUUACCUCCAUCCAUAGCUUUCUACACAAUGGGAAUUGGCUCCGGAGUCCUCUGAUGCUGGUUUCUUGGUGGUGUCCAGCCCUAGCUGGGGUCACAGCACGCUCUGCCCAUCACACCACUCAGAGCAGCCUCGGCCCGAGCCCAUGAGUGACUGAGCCUCAUCUGGGCAUCCCAGAGGGCUGUCUUGUUUUGCCUUUUUUAUCAUUUGGCACUUUGGCUUAUCAUCUAGUCUGUGAUCUGAUACUUCCUGUUCCCCCACCAGCAGGUCAUAGAAGUUGUCCAAUUUCAAGAGCAUGUUGCAUCUAGAGAAAUAAACACAUCUUCCUAUUGGCGUCAACAGGCCCAGCUUCUUUGACUCAGGAAUGAUUGGCGAUGUGUAGCUGCAGAGGUCCCUCUACUUUCACACCCACCUAUCAGAAAUGUCUUUGUUCCCGAAGUAUGGGGCUGGCAUGCUUUCCUGGCAGCAUGGGGCUGACACGCGUGCGAGUCAGCAUGAAAGCACAGCUGUGAGCCGCAGAGGGCCCGGGCCGCAUUCCAUGGCUGUGCAUGGCAGGGCACGCCCCCCACUCAUGGUCCUGCCCCAGGGGACUGUGGGGGCUUAGCCACCCGCAGCAGUGGAGUAGGUUAAGGUGUAGAGGCAACAUUGUAGAAACUACGUUUUAAGUAAAGACCAUUUUAACGAACAUUUGAAAACACUGCAGUAAGAACUUGAAUAAUUGGGGCUGGCCCGUGGCUCACUCGGAAGUGUGUGGUGCUGAUAACACUGGGGCCCCAGGUUCAGAUCCCACAUAGGGAUGGCCGGUUCACUCACUGGCUGAGCGUGGUGCUGACAACACCAAGUCGAGGGUUAAGAUCCCCUUACCAGUCAUCUUUAAAAAAAAAAAACUUGAAUAAUUGGAAUAAAAUUUUAAAAUUUAAUCUCAUUGCUUUCUAACACUUUCUGAUUGUAAAAGUGACGCAUGGUUGUCAGGUACUAUUUGGUAAUAUAGAAAAGAAGAAAACAAACACCGCUUACAGCCUCACCCUCAGAAGUAAGCAUUGUAUGUUGUAUUUAUUCACUUGUGGGCCACAGGAAAACAAUUAGAUUCACAGAAAUCCUUGGCUUAUGUCGGACUGGCUCCAUCCAGCCCUGGAGCCAGACCCCGACCAUGCUUGUCCCUGCCCCCGCCCCACCUGGAGGGCCUCUGUCCACUUGCCCCUGUGCAGAGUUUCAUCUCAUCCACCAGUACCGCGUCAGCCACACCGCUCCCAAGGCUUUCUUCCUCUGUGUAUAUGUGUGGGUGUGUGUGGUUUUUCCAUUAAAAAUGGGAUCACACUCUUCAAGGACAUUUUUUCCCACUUAAAGGCACGUUACAGCCAUUUCCCAUAUCAAGCAACAUGAAUGUACAAGAUCAACAAACCUGCUGAGAGGCAGAGAUGUAGAAGUUUCUGCUUUAACCCGCUCUGCAGUGGCCAUUUCUGCACAAGCAUCUGUGUGCCAGGUCAGCUCCUGGAUGGGCUUGCCGGGACAGACACUCUGCACGGUGGGACUUAGGGACAAUAUUGCCAGAGUGGGAGGUCGUGGAGCAGGCGAAGGGACAAGGGGCGGAUAAGAGUGCAGGGUCUGGGGCAGGCUCCUGCUGGAUCUGAUGGCACCAUUUACCGGAUGUGUUGUGACUUCCCUCAUUAUGAAGUAGGAAGGACAAGAAAAUCUCCCUCAUCCUGUGGUUGUCAGCAUUGAAAUGGGUGAAUUCAGGAGAGCACACACGUGGAGCCUGGCAGGUAGACGGCGCCUGGUGAGCCUGCUCCUCCUCAGCCGCUGUCCAGGGAGGCGGAGGCUUCGUGCCCUCUGCAAGGGUCUUCCCAGCAGCGGCUUUACGCGGCCUGUUACCCUCUGACAGGCAGAAGGAAAUCGGCAUCUCCCGUGUGGAAUCGCGGUUUUUCGCUCCCGCUGAGGACGGACGUGUCUUCCCACGUAUUCCAGUCUGUUUGUCCUGCUGUGACACUCACCUGUUCUUGUUCUUUGCCUGAUGGAGCAUCCAAUUUUUAUUUUUAAUUUUUUUUUAAAAGAUGACCGGUAAAGGGAUCUUAACCCUUGUUGCUGUCAGCACCACGCUCACCCAAUGAGCUAACUGGCCAUCCCUGUAUAGAGAUCCAAACCCACGGCCUUGGUGUUAUCAGCACCGCACUCCCCAGUGAGCCACCGCACUCCCCCAGUGAGGUCAGCUCAGCAUCCAGUUUUUAAAACAUCUCGUCAAUGUGUAAAAUAUCCUUACAUACUGAGAAUAGUAAACCUUUGACGUAUCCCUUGUAAAUUGUUUUUCCUCAUUUGUCGUUUGCCUUUUAAUUGUGUUAAAUUUUCUCUUUUUGACUUAACAUGGCUACAUUAAAAUUUUUAAAUUAGGAAAACAUAUCAAUUAAAAAACUGAGCAUCUUCUAUAUCCCAGCCUUUGAGGUCAUGUUCGGAAAGUCUUCUCCCAUACCAAGAUUAUUUACACUUGCAUUGAUUUUUCUUUGAGUACAUUUCAGUGUUUAAUUGAUUGGAAAUUUAUUUUGAGGUAUGGUGUGAGAUGGACAUUUCAAUGGUUAGGCCACUGAAGAAUGCACCAGCCUGAAAUGUGCUUGUAUCCAAUGCCAGAAUCAGUAUGUGCCUGGGUCUGUUUCUGCAUUUUUCCAUUUUAUUGUCUCUUCUCAUAUCAGCUUCUAUUGUUUUCAUCGUUGUGUUUCUCAUACUUUUAAUCCGUUGGCAGAAAUAAAGCCUCAUCUGUCUUUUUCAAAAAUUUCUUAGGUGUAUAAACUGGUAGUAUUUUAUCUAGUCUGGGCAUUCUCCCAUCCCAAAUGAAAGAAAAUUCUUUGGAAUUUGUUUGGAGAUUUUGUUUAACUUAUAGAAUAACAUCAGGAGAAUGUAUAUCUUUGU